AUGCCUUUAGAGGAACCUGGCAUCGUGGAGCCAGCUGACCCCUCGCUACCAACCACCUCUUAUUUCUCGCUGCCUCGAAAAGAAAGCACGGCGGAACAGAAAUCACCCAUCGAGUCGGCAAGAAGUGCAGGUUCAGGCAAGGAGCGUCUCCGCCGACUCAGCCUUGUCAAUCCUGAAGGUCCCGACACCUUCGACGUCGAUCCUCGAACCGCUCAUCCUGCUCUACGGCUGAGCGGCAAUGUCAUCAGCGCCACUUUUUGCAUUCCCUACCAGCUUACCCACGGUAGUCAAGGUGAAUGGGGUCUGUCUACUCGACAUGGGACGUCUGCUUUGUUCGACUCGUUCGCUUACUUAUCUUCUGAGAAGUCGCCAUGGAAGCAUACCUUGGUUGGCUGGACUGGGGAGAUCCAGAACAAGCCAGAGCAAACUUCGAUGAGUAUAUUGCAGUCCGAGAGUGCCUCUGCAGCCACAAAUAUGAACACUCACGCCUCCAAUCCCAUUAACAAAUCGGCCGCGCCAUACCCGGUCAAUGGUGCAGUCCCGCACCCGCACGACCCAAACCCAGAGCAUCUUUCCCUCUCCCGCGCGGAGAGAACUCGCCUAGAAAAGGUCCUCGCUGAUCAUCCCAAAGGUCGGACAUUGCCGGUAUGGCUACCAGAUUACCGGGGAGAUGCAGAUGAUGAAUUUGUAUUCAAAGACCAGGGUAGGUGGCGAAGAUAUGCGGAACAUGAGCUAUAUACUCUGUUCCACUACCGCCAGCAUGGUCCAGAUGACGGGCGUGCAGAGAAAGCCUCGUGGAACGACUACCUCCAGAUGAACCAAGCUUUUGCCGAUAGGAUUUUACAGAUCUACCAACCGGGAGAUAUUGUCUGGAUCCACGACUACCACCUGAUGAUGUUGCCCAGCAUGCUGCGACAACGGAUCCCGAAUAUUUACAUUGGCUUCUUCCUUCACAUUCCGUUUCCCAGCAGCGAAUACAUGCGUUGCUUGCCGCGUAGAAAAGAAGUCUUGACAGGAGCUUUGGGAGCUACCAUGAUUGGCUUCCAAUCCUACAGUUUCUCGCGACACUUUAAUUCGUGUUGCAAACGCAUCUUGGGUUUCGAGUCGAGCUCUGCCGGAGUGGACGCCUAUGGUGCUCACGUUGCAGUGGACGUCUUCCCCAUCGGCAUUGAUGUGGCCUCUGUGCAAGGAGCAGCGUUCAAGGAUCCGGUGAUAGAGGAGAACAUGAAAGCAUUGAAACAAAUGUAUGCCGGCAAGAAAAUAAUUGUCGGUCGCGACAGACUCGACACCGUCAGAGGAGUGUCACAGAAACUGAUGGCAUUUGAGAUGUUCUUGGAAAGGUACCCAGAAUGGCGCGACAAAGUUGUGCUCAUUCAAGUCACCAGUCCCACCAGUGUGAUGGAGGACAAGGUUGACGGCGCUCACAAGUUCGAGCUCAAGAUAUCGAAUCUUGUAUCCAGAAUAAACGGCAAAUUCGGCUCGCUGAGUCAUUCUCCAGUCCAACACUAUCCACAGUAUCUCUCUUCUCAAGAGUACUUUGCCCUCCUUCGAAUCGCCGACGUUGGACUUAUCACAAGUGUCAGAGAUGGCAUGAACACCACCAGUCUCGAAUAUGUCAUCUGUCAGAGAAAUCAUUUCGGACCUCUGAUCUUGUCCGAAUUCUCUGGGACCGCUGCCAGCUUGAGCAAUGCUAUUCACAUCAACCCAUGGGAUCUUGGAAGGGUGGCAGACGCCCUCAAGGAGGCGCUUGAAAUGCCCGAAUCCCAAAAGAGACAUGACCACGAGAAACUAUACAACUAUGUUACGACACAUACCGUCUCGACCUGGACGAAGAGCUUCUUGACACGGCUGCUUAUAAACCUUACCUCUCUAACGCAAAAUGAUCUUACCCCUGCCCUGGACCGCAAUCGCAUGAUUUCGCAAUACCGGGCUGCCAAAAAGCGCUUGUUCAUGUUCGAUUACGACGGAACGUUGACACCCAUCGUAAAGGACCCAAACGCCGCCAUCCCUUCGGACAAGGUUUUACGCACUUUAAAGGCACUUGCUGCAGAUCCUCGAAACAAUGUCUGGAUCAUUUCUGGUCGGGAUGCAUCAUUUCUUGAGGAGUGGAUGGGCCACAUUAGUGAGCUUGGUCUCAGCGCUGAACACGGUUGCUUUAUGCGACGUCCGGGCUCCGAAGUCUGGGAGAACCUUGCAUCCUCAAUGGAUAUGGGGUGGCAGAAUGAGGUUAUGGACAUUUUCAGGUACUACACCGAGCGCACCCAGGGCUCGUGGAUCGAGAAGAAGCGGGUCGCUUUGACCUGGCACUACAGGCAAGCCGACCCAGACUUUGGCGCUUUUCAGGCUCGAGAAUGCCGGAAGGCCCUCGAGGAUAACGUGAUGAAAAACUGGGAGGUUGAGGUCAUGUCCGGCAAAGCAAACCUGGAGGUGCGUCCGCAAUUCGUAAACAAGGGGUUCAUCGCCAGCCGUUUGAUCAAUGAAUACGGCUAUGAGAGCGGAGAUCCGCCGGAAUUUGUCCUUUGCUUAGGAGAUGACCAGACAGAUGAAGACAUGUUUCGUGCCCUCUUGAAGACCGAAUUGCCAAAGGACCAUGUCUUUGCAUGUACCGUUGGCGCUAGUAGCAAAAGAACCCUUGCUACAUGGCAUCUGCUAGAACCAAGUGAUGUUAUCGCCAGUAUUGCUGCGCUUAACAAACAGGAGAAUUUAUAA